GCAAAGGCAAAUUUCAAUACAAGAAUGCCGACAAUCAAGCUGCGGCUUCCGUCCAAUCGAACACUGGGCAACAUAUGUGUGUAUGGAGCGAUGGUGUCCAUUUCAGCAGUUAUGUUCAUGCGCUGGAAACUUGAAGAUCGUGUUCGUUCCACAGAAUACUACAAAUUGGCCAUGCAAACACUACGCCAACACAAGGGUGCUGUUGGAUUGCUAGGCGAACCCAUUAAAGACUCUGGCUUUGACAUGUCCAAUGCCAACAAUAUAUGCAAUGCGGAUAGGGCCCAAUUUGAGAUUUCUGUACGUGGACCCAAGGACAAAGGUACAGUUUUUUUUUGGGCAACAAAUCGAGAAAAAGGCUGGUUCAUAGAUCGACUUGAAUUGGAAGCGAACCAGCAUCCCAAUAAGCGGUUUUUAAUUAAAAAGCAAAAUGAUUACUCCAUGGAGGCUCCUUUAGAACGCAAUCACACGGAAUUACCAGAAGGCGUACCACAUUAUGAGAGACAGACAUACCCGAAACCACAACCACUUCAUCAAGCGGAGGAGUCUUCGGCCUUUGUUCAUACUGCGGAUGGUGGACGCAUGCGAUGAAUAAAAUUUUCAAUUUAUAUUAUUUAUUCGUGUUAAAUUUGACUAUGCAAGCUUUUUA